AUGAUUGUUAAUCUAUCACUUUUGUUGUUAUCAAAGAUAGUUAGCUAUCUCGAUAAUAUAGAUAAAAUAUGUCUCAGUUUAGUUUGUAAAAGAUGGAUUCCAUUCAUCAAAUCACUUCAAGAUCUCUCGACACUUACACUCGCUCGAAGAGAUGAUUCCAUUGUCUCAAUAGAUUUGUCAGUUCUACCAGAUUCUCUCACAAGUUUAUCUAUUUAUACAUCGUGUCUUCUCAUCUCAUCCCUGCCCCCUUCAAUCAGACAUCUCAACAUAUACCAAACACAAUAUGAUAUCGAUGAGAUAUUCAAAGAUCGAUCACAAUAUCAUUUUGAAACACUAUGUGUAGUUCUCAGUUCUUUGUAUCUAGUGUCCCAUACCAUUUGGUUUGGAUCUAGUUUCUUUGAUUCGAAAGCAAUUGGUUUGACAUUCUGUUCGAGUACUGCACCGAUGGUGCAAUUGGAAUUUAAACCAGCAGCUAUUCAACAACAACAUGAUAUUAAUUCACUCGCAUAUCUAAGCCAUGUUUCUUCGGUUAUAUGUGUACUUCUUUUCAGACUGAUACCAAAUAAAUGGUUUAAUUGUUUCCAAAGUAACUUUAGCUAA